AAAAGGUAAUGCAUGGUCAAAAUCAGAAUUUUGAUGCCUGCUGUAAAGGGGAUUAGAGGAAAAAAGAGAGGUUUUAGGCCUCCCAAAACUAGUUCUAAACUUCCCUUCGGAUAAUAACAAAUGAUGAUCCGUUAGGUAGUUUUUGUCAACAAAAACUUGAAUCUUCAUUUUGCCAUUAAAACCUGGGUAACUAAAUAUUCAUUUUGUUUAUUUUUUUUCUAAUUAAAAACACUUUGAAAAACCAGCUAGUUUUGUUUUUCCUUGGGUAUUUUUGUCUUCUUUUAUUAAGCUUUAAGGAAGAAGAAGAGAAAAUAAAAAAAGAAGACAGCAAAAUGUGGCAUCCAAAGGGACAUAGUACAGUAUCAAAGAAAGGGGGUGGUGGUGGCAAUGGGCUGGUAGCGGUAGCCAUUGAUAAGGACAAAGGGAGUCAAUAUGCUUUCAGAUGGGCCGUUGAGCAUCUUCUUUCCAAAAGCCAAACUGUUGUUCUUAUUCAUGUUAAUAAACCCUCAGCCGGUGUUAAUGGAGCAAGUAAUGGUCAUGUUAGCGAACCCGGCACCAACAAGCAGAUGAAGGAUAAGCUAUCUAGGGAACUGUUCCUCACCUUCCAUUGUUUUUGUACUCGAAAAGACAUACGUUCUCUUGAUAUCAUACUUGAAGGUUCAGAUAUUGUAAAAGCAUUGACGGAAUAUGUUUCUUACGCUGCAAUUGAGAAAUUGGUUCUUGGUGCCCCUUCUCGAAGUGGAUUUAUGAGAAAAUUCAGGGCCGACAUACCGACCUGUGUAUUGAAAACUUCACCGGACUUCUGCACUGUAUAUGUCGUUUCCAAAGGAAAGGUCUCUUCAGUACGAAACGCGGUUCGUUCAGUACCGUUCGCCUCCCCAUUACUUGAUCAAAUUAAGAAACCUGAGAGCGUUAGCCCUGGCUAUUCUUUGAGCAAGAUCUCCCUGAAUAGUGCUACUAGCCAAGGAAAAGGAGCUGAUGGUAGGUCAAUGACCAAGCCUCGUACUUCAACCGACAGCAAUGCCAGGUCACCGAUCUACGGCCCAAGAGCCAGUCUUCAGAAAAUGUUUGGGGAUUUACCAGAAUCGGAUACUGAUAUAUCAUUUGUCAGCUCAGACAGAGCAAGCACUGACCGUAGCUCUUCUUCGUUCUUCGAUUCAUUCCUUGAUUCUAGGCGAUUAUCAAACAGCACGGAACAGAGCUUAGGAUCAAUGCGUUUAGGAAUGAGGUGGCCUGACCGUAGUUCUCCACGUGAGUCCUUAUCAGGAUACGAUAGUGGAAGAUCAUCUUGUUCAUCUCAGCAUCCGGACGAAGUCGAAGUUGAAAUGAGGAGACUAAGGCAAGAAUUGAAGCAAACAAUGGACUUAUAUGGUAAUGCAUGCAGAGAAGCACUUACAGCAAAGCAACAGGCAAUGGAGCUGAAACAAACCCAAAAUCAAGAUCGAAAAAAAUUGGAAGAGGUACGACAAGCGGAGGAAGCUGCAACGGCAGCUGUAGAGCAGGAGAAAGCCAGGUGCCAGGCAGCCAUAGAAGCAGCUUUAGCAGCACAGAAAGAGGCAGAAUUGAAAGGAAGAACGGUUGCAGGAGGGGAAAUACUAAGAGAAACAGCGGAAAUGAAGAGGAUGUUGGAGAUUCUAUCCCAAGGUAAUGUCAAAUACAGAAGAUACACCAUUGAGGAAGUUGAAGAAGCAACAAAUAACUUUGCCCUUUCUCGAAAGAUCGGAGAAGGAGGUUAUGGUCCUGUCUUUAAGUGUAACCUCGAUCAUACACCGGUAGCGGUUAAAGUUUUACGUCCAGAUGCUGCACAAGGUAGAUUACAGUUCCUGCAGGAGAUUGAAGUGCUGAGCAGCAUGCGCCAUCCCAACAUGGUACUACUUCUAGGAGCUUGCCCAGAGUAUGGGAUCCUAGUGUAUGAGUACAUGGGUCGGGGAAGCUUAGAUGAUUGUCUAUUUAGGAAAGAGAACCACCACCAAGCACUGUCUUGGCAACACAGGUUCCGAAUAGCUGCAGAGAUUGGAACAGGCCUGCUUUUUCUCCAUCAGAGAAAACCAGAACCAAUUGUGCACCGUGACCUGAAACCAGGCAACAUAUUGCUGGAUCAAAACUACGUGAGCAAGAUCAGUGAUGUUGGGUUGGCGAAGCUAGUUCCUCAAGCUGCAGAGAACAUGACACAGUGCUGCGUAACAUCAGCAGCUGGAACAUUUUGCUAUAUAGACCCGGAAUAUCAACAAACAGGUAUGCUGGGGGUAAAAUCCGAUUUAUAUUCCUUAGGGAUCAUACUCCUUCAACUCAUAACAGCCAGGCCACCAAUGGGGUUGGCUCACUACGUGGAGCAAGCAAUCGAGAGAGGCACGUUUCAUGAGAUGCUGGACCCUUUGGUAUCCGACUGGCCAGCUGAAGACACCUUGUCACUGGCGAAACUAGCACUUCGAUGUGCGGAACUGAGACGGCGAGACAGGCCGGAUCUGGGGAAGGAUGUGUUACCAGAACUGUGUCGGCUGAGAGAGAUUGCUGAAGAGAAAAUGACCGGUUCCUUUUAUGCUGCUUCCCCUAUGUAAAGCCAAGCUCCUUUUUCAAAUGAGAGCAUUUGAAAUUCUGGAGCAUAAUUAAAAUAAUAACUAGUUCUACAGUAUUACCAAAAUUGUUUCUCUUGUUGUAUCAUGUCCUCCGUAGUCCCUACCAAUCUUUGAAGAAGAAAAAGAUAUCACUUUUCAGUUUCAUUCGUUGUUUUAUUACUGGAAUCAAACCUGCUAUUAUUAUUAUUAUCAUUAUUUAUUAUGGAAGGUGAUGAUGGAUUACAGCGGUUUCAACAA